UCUUACGCUCAAAAGCAUUAACAGUUUUUUUUUUCUUCAUUACAACUUUUGAAGCUCUAAUAUAUUGUUCAACUUCUUCUGCUAUUGAGAGAGAGAAAAACAAAUAUUCACCGAGAGAAACUUCUUUUUUCUGUUUCUUCAAGUGAUGGCAGCCGUAUAUGCGGUGCUUGUUUCUUUACUGUACAUUUGGAGGACAACUACUGAAGCGAGCCUCAUUGUUAAUACAACGUUCCUAGAGAGUGCAAUUGCAAAAGGAGCAGUAUGCUUAGAUGGAAGUGCUCCCGCAUUCAACUUUCAUCCAGGAACUGGCUCGGGGGUUUAUAACUGGCUUAUUCAACUUCAAGGCGGAGGGUGGUGUGACUCUACUUCUGACUGCCAAGAUCGUGCUACUAAUGAGUAUGGAACUUCGAAAAAUAUAUCUAAGAUUAGUUAUUUUAUGGGAGUUCUAAGCAACGAUUCUCAACUAAACCCAGAUUUCUACAACUGGAAUCGGAUCAAGGUGAGAUAUUGUGAUGGGUCAUCAUAUAUCGGAGAUAUUGAAGAAGUUGACCCCGCUACUAAUCUCCACUUCAGAGGUGCAAGAAUAUUCAAAGCAAUCAUGGAGGAAUUAUUAUAUCAUAAAGGGAUGAUAUAUGCUGAAAAUGCCAUCCUUAGUGGAACUUCAGCAGGAGGGUUGGGUGCAAUCCUACAUUGUGAUAAAUUCAGACUUUUUUUCUUCUUGACUGCUAGAGUGAAAUGCAUCUCUGAUGCUGGUUUCUUUAUUAAUGCAAAAAUUAUAACUGGUGAGCCCCACAUUAAAGAGUAUUUCAAGAGAGUUGUUGCUUUGCAUGGAUCUGCGAAGAACCUACCACUCUCUUGCACAUUCUUGAGCUUAGACCCAAGUUUGUGCUUCUUCCCUCAGUAUGCAGCACAACAUAUUUGCACACCGCUUUUCAUCAUCAAUUCGGCCUAUGAUUCUUUUCAGAUAAACAACAGUUUGGUUCCUGAAAGUGUUGACCCUCAACAUGUUUGGGAUACAUGCAAGAAAGAUAUAAAUAAAUGCUCACCAAGUCAAAUCCAAACUCUCCAAGAAUUUAGGUCAACAAUUUUAGAGGCAUUGAACGAAUUAGGACCAAGUAUAUCAAGAGGUUAUUUCAUUUCUUCUUGCCAUUUCCACAACGGCAUUGAAAUACAAAGCUAUUGGUCCGACAAAAACUCUCCAACAAUAGCUAACAAGACAAUUGCUGAAGCUGUCGGAGACUGGUUUUUUGGUAGGAGUGGAUUCCAAGGGGUUUACUGCCCCUAUCCUUGUGGCAAAUAUUGCCAAUAGGGGUUGCUCUUGUUGUACUACUAGCUAUUUCAGAUGGUUUUUCUAUUUUUAUGUGAGGAUUAUAUAUAGAUACAACUAGCCCAUGUUGGUUAUGAUUGUUAUUCCAAAUUUAUAUAUUAUUCCA